AAGCGCCGUGUGCUCAAUAGUGCCCGCUGAGUUCUGCUAUCACAAAUUCACAGAGCUGGGUCUCGCGCCUGCCUUCCAAGUUAUUUGCUGCUUCCAUCUGGCGUUAGGCAAACGCACCUUUCAUGCCCGAUCGCCUUCAUCCCCCAUGCUUACGCGCCCGCCCUUCAUUCUCUACCGCCCGACUACCCCUGCCGUGACCGCCACCAAACCCACUUCCUAUUACCUCCUUCGGUGCCACGUCUCGCAACGUCGAGCCCUUUCCACUGCUCAGGCCAUGGCAUCUGCAUCGCGUCUUAACAGACUCCGCGAGCUUGUCAGCUCCGAUUUGCAAGCAUUACCAGAUAAGUUCGUAGAAAAUGACCAUGGGCCAGUUAGCGACGAUGAUACGACUGGCGGCGUGUCACUGAGCCUCAGUGGAGGCCCUCCGCCCUACAAGCAAUCCGAACCUACGAGACGCGUGAGCCAACCGGGUCGUCCCGAACUAACCCAGCAAGUCUCCACCACCCAAUCUUCCGGCAAUACUCAAGGUACAAGUACUUCAUCUAUCCCCUCUGUCCCACACCUGGCGAAUCCUGAACGUCAAUUUGUCUGGAUGCAAGACCAAGCAAGUUCAUGGAACUUGGGUUCUCAGCCAAACCUCUCCUCUUUUGCGACCACAAAGCUGCCUGCUCCCAGACUCCAGAAAGGAACUCUUGCUUCUGCUCGCCAGGAAUAUACUCCCAUCUUCGCUCUUGCUAAAUAUCCAUACAAAUUCUGCAACAAGAAUUUCAAGCAAGAUAUUGCAACUCAUUUCUUUGACGCUGGCAAAUUCUGGGCACGUGAGUGGGACCUAUAUUACGUCUGGGACCUUGAUGAGAUCAAACCCCUUAUUCUUGUUCACGAAGAACAAUUCCAGACUUUGCUGAAGGAAAUUAAUCUACUUCUCAGGCUCGGAUUGAAAAUCACUGACGAGCAACGCAAUAACGGCCUAGUGAGCCCCUUUCCAGAGCAUCCCCGCUGCACUCCUCGAUACUUAGGCCGCUCUCAUUCGCGACAACAAUUUGACGACAUGGUUGAAGCAGUUCCUUCUCCUUCUUUCCGGGCUCCUGGAGAGAAAAUAUCGCCGCCACUGGAGAAGCGCACCCUGGAGUACUUCAAACAGCAGAUGGAGGAGCUGCUUGAUCUCCAGAGGGCUAAAGGCAAAGCACAGAAGCUUAAGAAGAAACAGGAGAGGAUCAUAAAACAGCAGAAUAUGGGAAUGCAAUUCAAACGCGCUCAGCGCUAUCUCGGUCUGCGGCUAGCGAAGAAAAAUGGUCCUAACCUACCUGGAAACGUAGACUUGACUUGGGAGGAACCCCGGAAGUCUGAAGAGGAAGGCGCUGGGAAACUUUCCAUUACAUCUAUUAAUGCCUCGCUGCCAGUUCCGUUCCCCUUUGAGAAAGACGUUGUUAUUGUGUCGGUCGAUGUCGAAUCAUAUGAGCGAGAUCACAACAAAAUUACCGAAGUCGGAAUUGCAACCCUGGAUACCCGUGAUCUCAAUGGGGUUGCACCUGGCAAGGACGGCGAAGCUUGGAGAUCCAAGAUCCGAGCUCGCCACCUCCGCAUCUAUGAGCACAGGCAUUUAAAUAAUGUAGAAUUCGUCUCCGGAUGCGCUGGGAAUUUUGAGUUUGGUGACUCGGAGUUUGUCAGGCUCGAUGAAGUAUCUGAGGUGAUCGCGACGUGUUUCAAACCGCCGUUCUGCAAUCAUCGGAAAGAGAAUGAUUCUGAGAAGUCAAUUGCUGAGUUGAUGCAGAAGAUCGAUCUCUCUGAGCAACGCAACCUCAUCUUCCUUGGGCACGACCCGACUGGAGAUAUUCGUUACCUUAAUCAGCUCGGUUUCAAAGCGAUGGAUUUGCCAAACAUGCUGGAAACGCUGGACACUGCAUCUCUGUACCGCGUUUGGAAGCGUGAGCCUAAUCCAACGAAACUAGGCAACAUUCUCUAUGACUUCGACACCGUCGCUUGGAACCUUCACAAUGCAGGCAACGAUGCUGUCUACACUGUUCAUGCUAUGCUUGCUAUCUGUGUUCGCGAAGCGACCAUACGUGGUUCGCCGACUGCGGAGUCGAUACGCGAAGCUUCAAAGGCCGCUCGACUUGCUGCUCUCACGGAAGAAGCGCGAGUGCGUGCUCAAGAGGAGAUGGAGGGAUGGAGUGACGGUGACAAUGAUGAUGGUGGAGAACCAGUCAAGAUUCUAUUGAACGAGAAAUCUGGUCAAGAUCCAAAGAAGAGCGACAAUCAGCACCAGCACCAAUCAAAUAAAACGAGACAACACAAUACGUCCCCUAAUAUGUUUCCUGAUACACAUGGACAAGGUCAACAUCAGGAGGGUGUACGGUUGACUAGCUAUGACGGCUCCGUGGGUCCCAACGAGCGCGGACACCACCGGGGACGAGGCAGUGGUCCGCGCGGUGCCGGCUCCAUCAAUCGAGCUUCCCACCAGUCACCGGAUACUGGACGUCGUGGGCGUAGCCGUGGACGAUACAGCGGCCCCAGCCGUCCACGCUCUGCACGGUACUACACCAAUCGCCGCCCAGCUAGCGAUGGUGGGACCCCCAAUCAGUUCGGGCACGCAUACGAUCCUACGGAGUGCCAUGAUCUUAUUGAUCAUUACUAACCAUGAGUUAUCUCUCAGCAGCGGGAAACAACGGCGAAUCAGCCUGGCAUUCCGGUGUUGCCCAUAAACUUCUUAGAACUAUUUCAGGGCUUAGGCUGGGACUUUGAGAGGAUCCUCCUGCAAACUUUAACAAUUGAGAGGUUUUCGA